AUGCCUCCCUUGCAAUUACCGCCAAACCUCAAGUUCGGCCCCUUCAGCGUCACAUCACAAGUCUUCCAUCUCUCACCGUCACGCCUCUCAUUCGGCUUGGUGAACCUCAAACCACUACUGCCGGGACACAUCCUGGUCUGUCCAGUCCGGAGCGUGCCUCGGCUCUCGCAACUCAGCGCCACGGAAACGGCAGACUUGUUCAACACCGUAAGGCACGUGUCGCGGACGCUUCAGCGCGUAUACCGCGCGACAUCAUUCAACUUCGCCGUCCAAGACGGAGUGGAUGCCGGGCAGUCCGUUCCGCAUGUUCACGUCCAUGUGAUCCCGCGGCAGAACGGGGAUUACGACGACCGAGGCGGCGGGGAUCGGAUCUACGAUGCCAUGGAUGGAGAGGAAGGAGAUAUUGGCAAGGCGUUCCUUGAGAUGCAGAGGAUGCGGGAUCAGAGGCUGAAGGAUGGGACGAGGGAUUUUGCGGGCGGGCCGGAUAGCGAUAGGAAAGCAAGGAGUGAGGAGGAGAUGAAGAGGGAAGCGGAAUGGUUGAGGAGUGAGAUCGAAAAGGAUAGGGUAGAGGGAGAGGGUGAGGCAUGA